AAACAAUCAAAGUCAACUCAGUAACACCUGGCAACGCACAAAUUUACACCAAACAAACAAUCAUUAUUAUACGAAUAGUCGGUAUAACGUAGUGUACGCUUUAGAGUUCCUUACUUUCAACCUUAUAUUAUUUGCAUAAGCAUGUCGCUGGUCUACAUAACCCAUCACGAUGAGAAUAUUCUGGAGUGUGAGCAGGACUUUGUCUCGGGGUCCAAGCCUUCCGUUUCUUGUUACAAAAAUCCCACUGUUGAAAAGGCCGCCAGGCUUGCCAAGAAACUUCGCGAACGAUUGAACGAGGAGGACAAGAAGCUGUCUGUUAUCCUGCAAAACGAUGGCACUCGCGUUUUGACCGAGGCUAAGAAAUCGCUGCAUCGCACCAUGGGCUAUGCCCACACACCCAUUAAUCCACCGAAUGCAUUUCUGCGUAAGAAUCAGGGCGUCAAGUGGCGUCGGGAGAACACCCACAAGUGUCCCAAGGGUAUGCCUAUGCCGCCUUUGCCACCGCCAGGCAGUGUCGGUAAGACAAACGUGGCUCCUAACUUUAUUAAACGCAACAAGGAGUCGGCUGGAAAGACCGUCACCUGUCCGCAGCCUCCUCGCUAUGUAGACACACCCGUGGGUACGCGUCACAAUCUCCUCAGCUCGGGCUUGGUGCCGCAGCACUUGGCUCGCAAGGAUUUCGGUAAGAUUCCCGUUUACCUCAAGAGAACCAAGAAAAUGUUGGCCGAGGCGAAUGCCGUUUGUGCCAAGGAGCAGGCUCGUCUGCUGGAGCUGUGUCGCGGCAUUAAGGGUUAUACAAGGACUUCGCUUACCAAUCUCGGCGGUCCACCGGAAGUGCCCGGCAUGCGGGUAAUGGGCCAGGCCGAGCGCAACGAGAUUCUUGAGGGUCUGCGCAUGAGCCUCACCGAGAUGACUAAACAAUAUCAGUCUAUGUCUCUGCUUAUUGAUAGCCAAGCAAAGAGACAGCGCAAAAGCAAGCUGGAGACCGAUUUGCGCCAAGUGGAGCAGGAUAUUCUGCUGAUCGAAACAACGCCCAUCAUCUAUGUUUCCGAGUAUUAAACUUAAAUUCUUUUCGUGUGUGUCUGUGUCUGGCAGCAGAGUGGGUCUAUCCUUUGGUUUCCCCACUCCGCUUUUAGAGGCGGACACACGCACACACAAUCCCAUUUGUAUCUUAAGGUUGAAAAUAAAUUGUAAGGUUUAUGCAUUUAA